AUGUCGACGGACGAAGAUUUAAAUACGUAUUUCAAAACUGCGCUUCCAUUGGUAAAAACUUGCGGAAGGAUGAUCAAAGAUGCUUACUGUAAGAUGCAGGUCACUAUCUCUGGGAGUGAUGAUCACCUUUUCACGACCUGCAACCCAACUGUUCCAAGAGAUGAGAAGUAUGAAGAGGUAAAGACUUUCACAAACAAGUCCUGUGCAAUCGAUUGGGUGACAGAGACUGACAAGGGAGUGGAAAAGUAUUUAAUCGGCUCUCUUCAUGAAGCAUUCCCAACACAUCUUUUUGUAGGUGAAGAGACUGCCUCCACACACAAGACGCUCACUGAUGAACCAACUUGGAUUAUCGAUCCUGUUGACGGAACAACCAACUUUGUCCAUGGGAUUCCAAUGUGUUGCACCUCUGUUGCACUUGCAAUCAACAAGCAUGUUGUAUUAGCAAUAGUGUACAACCCAAUUCAAGAAGAGUUAUUCACUGCACUGAGGGGUCGUGGUGCUUUUAUGAACGGGAAGCGCAUUCACGUCUCUCACACCUCUGAAAUUGGACAAGCCAUUAUAGGUACCAACCCAGGCUAUCACCGAGAAAAGGAGCAUGUCGACAAGAUGUUGUACAACAUGAACCAAUUAUUGGAAAGAGGUGUUGCUGGUAUUAAAAUGAUUGGAAACGCAGCGAUGGACAUUUCAUAUGUCGCCUGUGGGAGAACCGACUGUUUCUAUGAAAAGUUCUUAUGUGUAUGGGAUUAUGCUGCUGCUUCUUUGAUUGUAGAAGAAGCCGGCGGAGUGUGUAAAACGCGUGAUGGUAUAAACCCACUCCUUCUUGAGAAAGAGAUGGUUGUCUUUGGGAAUCCCCUCAUUGCUCCUCAGGUGUUUUCUUUGAUAAAACAAUGA